AUGACCAUUCAACCAUCACUUGCAUGCUUUGGUUGCUGUUGUGGUGGUUGUAGUAAGGCUCCAGUAAGUGGUCCUCCACCUCCUAGUUUUGGUUACGGCAUACCACCAGCACCAUUGCCAGUAUACGCAGCACCACCGCCGCAAUAUGCUCCGCCACGUCAAGUGAUUCGGCCGCAGCAACCUGUAUAUGGAAAACCACAACCAAUAUAUAAAAAACCACAAUCUGUUGGAUCGGCUGCUUAUGGUGUACAGCAGUAUGACAUGGGGUGGAUAGGUGAGCAACUAAAUAGAGGUGAAAUUAUCCAAUAUGCUGGAUAA